GGAGUCGGAGGCUGCUGCAGGAAGCGAAGCUCAGGAGAUCACAGCCUGGAUAAGCUACACCGGGGACCGCGGUGGGAAGUUGCAUUUUUGUACAUAUAAACACAAGACGGGCAACACAGAUUGAUUCGUAUUCUAGAGCCUGUAGCGCGGUGCAAUGGAGGAUGGGAAGCCGGUGUGGGCCCCACACCCGACCGAUGGGUUCCAGUUGGGCACCAUCGUCGACAUCGGAGCGGACAGCCUGACCAUCGAGCCUCUGAAGGGGAAGGGGAAGCCCUUUCUGGCUCCAGUGAACCAGGUGUUCCCAGCUGAGGAUGACCCUAACAAACACGUAGAGGAUAACUGUUCGUUGAUGUACUUGAAUGAAGCCACACUCCUGAACAAUGUCCGUAUUCGCUACAGUAAAGACAAAAUCUAUACGUACGUGGCUAACAUCCUGAUAGCAGUGAACCCAUAUGUGGAUCUCCCCAAGCUGUACUCUCCAGACACCAUCCAGCAGUACCGAGGCCGGUCGCUGGGCACUCUGCCUCCCCAUGUCUACGCCAUCGCGGACAAAGCUUACCGGGACAUGAAGGUGCUGAAGAUGAGCCAGUCCAUCAUUGUGUCGGGUGAAUCCGGGGCUGGAAAGACGGAGAACACCAAAUUUGUGCUGCGGUACCUCACUACGUCCUAUGGAACAGGUCAAGACAUUGAUGAAAGAAUAGUAGAAGCCAACCCCUUGUUGGAGGCUUUUGGAAAUGCCAAGACAGUCAGAAACAACAAUAGCAGUCGCUUUGGGAAGUUUGUAGAAAUCCACUUCAACGAAAAGAAUGCGGUGGUGGGCGGCUUCGUGUCGCACUACCUGCUGGAGAAGUCGCGCAUCACGCGGCAGGGCCAGGAGGAGCGCAACUACCACAUCUUCUACCGCCUGUGUGCUGGAGCCCCCGAGGACCUCCAGCAGAAAUUCUACCUCGGCUCUCCAGACACCUACAGGUAUUUGAAUCGUGGAUGCACUCGCUACUUCGCCAACAAGGAAACCGACAAACAGAUUCCUCAGAACCGCAAGAGCCCUGAGCACAUGAAGGCGGGCCCACUGAAGGACCCUCUACUGGACGACCAAGGUGACUACACCCGGAUGUCGGUGGCCAUGAAGAAGAUCGGCCUGGACGACACGGAGAAGCUGGACUUGUUCCGCGUGGUGGCCGGCGUGCUGCACCUGGGCAAUGUGGACUUUGAGGAGGGGGGCAGCACCUCCGGUGGCUGCAUCAUCAAGAACCAGUCGAGCCAGCCGCUGGAGCACUGUGCCGAGCUGCUGGGCCUGGACGAGCAGGACCUGCGGGUCAGCCUCACCAGCCGGGUCAUGCACACGUCAGCAGGGGGCGCCAAAGGCGCUAUCAAGGUGCCUCUGAAGGUGGAGCAGGCGAACAACGCCCGCGACGCGCUGGCCAAGGCCGUGUACAGCCGCCUCUUCGACCACGUGGUGACGCGCGUCAACCAGUGCUUCCCCUUCGAAUCCUCGGCCAACUUCAUUGGGGUGCUGGACAUCGCCGGUUUCGAGUACUUUGAGCACAACAGCUUUGAACAGUUCUGCAUCAACUACUGCAAUGAGAAGCUGCAGCAGUUCUUCAACGAGCGCAUCUUAAAGGAGGAACAAGAGCUCUAUCAGAAAGAAGGGCUAGGAGUGAACGAGGUCCACUAUGUGGACAAUCAGGACUGCAUCGACCUUGUGGAGGCCAAGUUGGUUGGCAUUCUGGACAUUCUGGAUGAAGAGAACCGUCUACCUCAACCCAGCGACCAGCACUUUGCGGAGAUGGUGCACAGCAAGCACAAGAACCACUUCCGUCUGACCGUGCCCAGGAAGUCCAAGCUGGCUGUGCACAGAAAUGUCCGCGAUGAUGAAGGCUUCAUCGUCAGGCACUUUGCUGGAGCUGUCUGCUAUGAAACGACCAAGUUCGUGGAGAAGAACAACGACGCGCUGCACAUGUCUUUGGAGGUGCUGGUCAGCCAGUCGAAAGACCGCUUUGUGAGCGAGCUCUUUGAGAACUCCAACAACUCCAAGGACUCCAAGCAGAAGGCCGGCAAGCUCAGCUUCAUCAGCGUGGGCAACAAAUUCAAGACCCAGCUGAAUAUCUUGUUGGAGAAGCUGCGCAGCACUGGUUCCAGCUUUAUCCGCUGUGUCAAGCCCAACCUGAAGAUGGUGAGCCACCAGUUCGAAGGUGCCCAGAUCCUGUCCCAGCUGCAGUGCUCAGGGAUGGUGUCCGUGCUGGACCUGAUGCAGGGCGGCUUCCCCUCCCGCGCCCCCUUCCACGAGCUCUACAACAUGUACAAGCAGUACAUGCCCGCCAAGCUGACACGCCUCGACCCGCGACUCUUCUGCAAGGCUCUGUUCAAAGCCCUCGGUCUUAACGAGAAGGACUACAAGUUUGGGCUGACCAAAGUUUUCUUCCGACCUGGAAAGUUUGCGGAGUUCGAUCAGAUCAUGAAGUCCGACCCGGACCACCUGGCGGAGCUGGUGAAGCAGGUCAACAAGUGGCUCAUCUGCAGCCGCUGGAAGAAGGUCCAGUGGUGCUCGCUGUCCGUCAUCAAACUCAAGUACAAGAUUCUCUACCGCGCCAGUGCUUGCAUCAUGAUGCAGAAGACGGUGCGCAUGUGGCUCUGUAAGAAGAAGCACAAGCCCAGGAUCGAUGGGCUGGUUAAGGUGCGUAAUCUGAAGACGAGGAUGGACAAGUUUAACGAGGUGGUGGCCGGUCUGAAGGAGGGACAGCAGGAGAUGCUCAAACAGAUCAAGGACCUGGACGCCUCCAUCGACGCCCUCAUGAUCAAGAUCAAGACCACGGUGAUGACGCGCAUCGAGAUCGACCACGAGCACCAGGCGCUGGUGACGCGCUCGCAGCAGCUGCUCAGCGCCAUGCAGAAGAAGAAGCAGGAGGAGGAGGAGCGCGAGCGCCUCCUGCGCAUCCAGGAGGAGAUGGAGCGCGAGCGCAAGAGGAGGGAGGAGGAGGAGCAGCGGCGCAAGCAGGAGGAGGAAGAUCGCAGACUGAAAGCGGAGAUGGAGGUGAAGAGGAAGGCGGAGGAGGAGGAGAGGAAGAAGAGAGAAGAGGAGGAGAAGAGGCUGCAGGAGACCCUACAGGAGGAGAUGGAGCGGCAGCUGGCUGCGGAGCGCGAGGAGGAGGCGGCGCGGCAGGCCAUUCUGGAGCAGGAGCGCCGCGACCGCGAGCUGGCCAUGAGGAUCGCCCAGAGCGAGGCCGAGCUCAUCCCCGAGGAGACGCAAGUGGACGCCGGCCUGCGCAGUAAUGGCUCAAGUGUUCCAUCAUCCCCAGAGCGAGUGAAUGUUCCUGCACAACCAAAGCUCAAGAGUUUGACCAUGGAAGAAAUGGCCAAGGAAAUGUCUGAUCUUCUCUCUCGGGGUCCCCAGGUGCAGGCCAACAAGGCUGCCGCCGCCGCCACCAAGAAGUACGAGCUGAGCAAAUGGAAGUACGCUGAGCUACGAGAUGCCAUCAACACGUCCUGUGACAUUGAGCUGUUGGCUGCCUGCCGAGAGGAGUUCCAUCGUCGUCUGAAGGUAUAUCAUGCCUGGAAAUCAAAGAAUAAGAAGCGCAAUGCAGAAGCUGAGCCAAGGGCUCCAAAGUCGGUCACAGAUUAUGGUCAUGUGCGUCUUGCGAAAAACGCAUCCCAGCAGAACCAAUCUGCUCCACCAAUCCCAGCACGGCAGCAUGAGAUCGCCAUGAACCGUCAGCAGCGCUACUUCCGUAUCCCCUUCAUCCGGCCGGGCGACCAGUACAAGGAUCUGACGGGCAAGAAGAAGGGCUGGUGGUACGCCCACUUCGACGGCCCCUGGAUUGCCCGGCAGAUGGAGCUGCAUCCAGACAAGCAUCCUAUUCUGUUGGUGGCAGGUAAAGACGACAUGGAGAUGUGCGAGCUCAGCUUAGAGGAGACAGGCCUGACACGGAAGCGCGGAGCCGAGAUCCUGGCCCGGCAGUAUGAGGAGAUCUGGGAACGCUGUGGAGGCGUCCAGUAUCUUCGGAGCGCCAUCGAGAGCCGGCAAGCCAGACCCACCUAUGCCACCGCCAUGCUGCAGAGCAUGCUCAAGUAGAGCUGUGCAUGCACGACAACCACACACCUGCAUACACAAUAUAUACGU